AUGAAUAUUAUAUUUGUUUCCAUACCUGUUGAUGUGACUAUUGGAUUAGAUCAUUAUUCAUUUGAGAUCAAGAAAGAUACUCCAUUUAAAGGUAUCGUUGAUAUACCGAGAGGCUGUCUCCAUACACUUCAUUUCCAACAAGAAGAUGGUAUGCGGUACGGUUAUUGGCUUAAUAAUAAUGAUACAAAUGGGAUGAAUCAUAGAUAUUAUGUGCGAUACGAUGCGGACGAUGAACUUUACCGAAUCCACGUGGAAGAAGAUGAAAUUAAGUAUGAUAAUGUUGUGAGAGACUAUAAGAAUCGUCAAUUAGUUCAGAAUUAUCCCAAGAUUGUUGAGGAAGACGUGUGGAAUCGAUUAACUGAAUAUUGUUCAUGGGAUCAAAUUGAAGUAAUCUUCAAAAACGGAAGAGAAAAUGGGGAUGCAAUAUCAGCAUACAAAUAUGUUGAUUCCUCUAUGACUUCUAAGGAAGAAUCUACAUUAUUACGAGAGACGUUACAGCGUGAUGUUGGAGAUCUUACUAGGGCUUGUAAUGAUAAAGAACAACAUUUGCAUUAUACCGAUAUUAAAUUCAAAUCAAGGGAGGCUAUACGACCUCAUCAUGAAUGGGAAGAUUUUAAUGAUAAAUCAUAUUAUUUGAAUGAAGUGAUUCUUAAAAGACGUCCAUUCAAUUCAUCAUUUGAAAGGUUACUAGGAGAAUUACAAAUUACAUUUUUAAACUUAAUUAUAUUUGGUAAUUAUGGAUCUAGUUUACAAUGGCAUAGUAUAAUCGAGUUAAUUAUGAUGAGUUCACAAGUAAGUGAACAUCAUAUCAAACGAUUAGAUGAAUUAUUAAGUUUACAAUUGGAAACAUUACCGGAAGGUUAUAUUGAUAUUUUUAUCAACAUGGGAAUGUGGAACAGAUGUCUAACUUCUUCUUUCCAUAACGAAUUAUUGCCUAAGACGAAACAGCUGUUUGAGAAAAUGAUAAAAGAAGAAGAGUGUAAUUCCGAUAUCGAAUAUUUUGACGACAAUGAGACUGAAAAAGAAAAUCAAAAUCUAGGGGAUAGUGAAGAAGAUGAAUACAAACCGACUGUAGUUGGGGGCGUCUAUUACAGCUAA